AUGUGGCAUGUGUGGGUAUCGCACCCGGAGCCUUUGCUCCAGUUGCUGCGGUUCAGUCCCAGUCUGUGUCUGUGUGUCCUGAGUGCGCAGCUCCGCGCAGCUCCUGAACCAGGGAUUCCCACGAAGACACUCGUCUGCGGGACUGUCGCGUCGUUCCCGCCGUUCUACACGUUUGAUCCACUCUCCUCCUCUCACUGGACUGGCUGCAGCAAGUUAAAAAGAUUUCACAAAUGUCUACCUCAAGAUUAA